AUGCAGAAAAUGUCAACAAAAGUGAUUCGAAGCGAAGAGCCGAAGAAGACUUUGCAGCAACUGAUCCAACGCUGCGUCGACCGCAACCGCGCCGACGGACAGCCGCUCUUCAGUGUCGGCCUUUCGGGCGGAAGUAUUCCUUCGGUUUUGGCCGAAGUGUUGCCGCAAUUGUCUUGCCUAAAGCGCUUUACCGCCGAGAAGAAGACGCUGCUUGCGGAGCACGGGAAGCUUCUGGGCCUCAGGUGCACGCCUCACAUAGCCGCGCUUCACUACGGAGCUCACGGGCGAGACCGCCGGCUUGUCCUGAUUGCCGUCAAUCCCGCGCUUUCGCCGCAAUCGGCGGCCGAAGACUACGAGCGCGCGAUUCGGCGCUCUCUCGACUGCGCGGAGGCCGACGAGUGGCCGCGCUUUGACCUCUUGUUACUGGGAAUGGGUCCCGACGGCCACACGUGCUCUCUCUUCCCGAACCACGCGCUGCUGCAGGAGAAGCGCAAAUGGGUCUCUUUUUUGACGGAUUCGCCGAAACCGCCGCCGUCGCGCGUCACUCUCACUCUCCCGGUGCUCUUGAAGGCCAAGUGCGUCGUCUUCUACUCGACGGGCGCCGGGAAAGCCGACACUCUUCGGCGCAUUCUCGUGGACGCGGAACCGCUUCCCGCAGGUCUCGUGCGCCCCUCAGACGGCGACCUCUAUUGGGUGGUCGACGGCGAGAGCGGGCGACUCAUUCCCGACUCAAUGCUCACCAAAAUGGCUGACUUACUUGUGUUCCGCUUCUCCGAUGUCUUCUGCACUUCCAACACAUCCACCGCUUCUCCUGUAAUGGCGUUAACGCAGCCCUCAGUCAACUGCAGUCUCGACGACAUCGAUCUCAACGCCCUUAAGGACCCCGCGGGCAUCUUCGAGCUCAUCGAAGUGGUCGGCAAUGGCACGUAUGGCCAGGUGUACAAGGGCCGACACACGAAGACUGGCCAAUUGGCGGCCAUCAAGAUCAUGGACGUGACGGAAGACGAAGAGGAAGAAAUCAAACUCGAGAUCAAUGUCCUCAAAAAGUAUUCACACCACCGAAACGUCGCCACAUAUUUCGGCGCUUUCAUCCACAAGAGUCCGCCCGGAAAGGACGACAAGCUUUGGCUCGUGAUGGAGUACUGCGGCGCCGGUUCCGUCACGGAUCUCGUCAAAUGCCAGUCUCUGCGCGAGGAGUGGAUCGCAUACGUGUGUCGAGAGAUUCUGCGCGGUUUGAGUCAUUUGCACGCGAAUAAGAUCAUUCACCGCGACAUCAAAGGCCAGAACGUGUUGUUGACGGACAACGCGGAAGUGAAACUCGUCGACUUCGGGGUUUCCGCGCAAUUGGACCGAACUAUUGGUCGCAGAAAUACGUUCAUUGGAACGCCCUAUUGGAUGGCACCGGAAGUGAUUGCGUGCGACGAGAACCCGGACGCCACGUAUGACAAUCGCUCUGAUCUCUGGUCGCUGGGCAUAACGGCGCUCGAGAUGGCGGAGAACACGCCCCCCCUUUGCGACCUGCACCCGAUGCGCGCGCUCUUCCUCAUCCCUCGCAAUCCUCCGCCGCGUCUCAAGUCGAAGAAGUGGUGCAAAAAGUUCCAGUCGUUCAUCGAGACGGUGCUCGUGAAGGACUACCAGCAGCGGCCAUACACUGACCAACUGCUGAAACACCCCUUCAUCCGCGACCAGCCCACCGAACGCCACGUCCGCAUUCAACUCAAGGACCACAUCGACCGCUGUCGCAAACACAAGCGCGGAGAAGACAUGCGGUUCGCGGCUCCCGGCCAACAGUCGGAUGACGACGACGACGACAGCGCCGCCAACAACGAGUCGGCGCGCGCUGACGAACACGACUCCACUCUUCGGCGCGCAAACGACCAGACGCUCACUGACCGCGCGGCCAAACCCAAGGUCGCGGCGGCCGGGCCUUCGCGCGACGCGCACCCGGCCAACCGCCCGCUGCCGGUGCCGCCGAACCGCGUGAUUGUAGUCCCGGAUCCGCCGCCGCCGUCGAAGCCGUUGCCGCCGAUUCCCGUGGAGGCGGAGAAGCGGCGCCCGAACUCCGGACUCUUCAAAGUGGCGCAAAUGCAAAGACCCGAAGAUCUGGACGUUUUGGCGGCGCAGUUGACGGAAUUGGGCGGAGCCAACGGUCACCACAACAACAACAAAGCACAGCCACAACAGCGCCGCUCACGUGAACACAAACCGCACCAAAAGCGACAACAGGAACACAAACCGACGCCUCCGCCGCCGCCGCCGGCCGUCGAUUCGGACGACGACGAGGAGGAGGAGACGGAAGACUCGCGCACGAGAAACGACGGAACGCUUCUCGCGUCGGAUCCGCCGCGCCCUCUACCCCCAGACAGUCACGCCCCCAAUCGCCCGCUGCCGCCGCCGCCCGACGCGCAGCCGCCGUCGAAGCCUUUGCCGCCGAUUCCGCGCGAAGACAACGACGGAACUCUUGUGUUGCGACGGAACGACUCGGAAGGACACUCGUCGCGCGCCUCGGGCGCCAUUCCCGACCUCUUGUCACAACACGUGACCGAAAAGGCGGACGAAGUGUCGGCGCUUUUGUUGCAAUACAGACAACAGUGCGGACAAACUCCGCCCCUUUUGCAGAACAAACAGCGCUCGUUCCUCACGUUCGGCUUCUCCGCCGGAGGGGCCACUCCCUCGCCGCGGCGCGAGUCGCACGUGAACGUGAACGUGGCGCCGGCCAUCCACGCGGACACUCCGGAGAUCCGCAAAUACAAGAAGCGUUUCAAUUCGGAGAUCCUUUGCGCCGCCCUCUGGGGCGUCAACCUUCUCAUAGGCACCGAAUCGGGACUCAUGCUUCUUGACCGCAGCGGACAGGGAAAGGUGUAUCAACUCAUCUCGCGGCGCCGUUUUCAACAGAUGGAGGUUCUCGAGGGACAGAACAUCCUGAUCACCAUUUCCGGCAAAAAGGCGCGCGUCCGCGUCUACUAUCUCUCGUGGCUCAAGAGUAAGAUCAUCCGCACGGACCAGCAAAUCGAGAAGCGCAGCGGUUGGAUCAACGUGGGAGACCUUCAGGGCGCCAUUCACUUCAAAAUCGUGGUGUGGCUCAUUCCCCAACACGUGUCGAAGGACUGGGAGAACACGUUUCGGAUUUGGAGCGGAAACGUCAAGUACGAGCGGAUCAAGUUCCUGGUGAUCGCACUUCGCGAGAGCGUCGAGAUCUACGCCUGGGCGCCCAAACCCUACCACAAGUUCAUGGCUUUCAAGUCGUUCGCAGAUCUGCAACACAAGCCCCUCCUCGUGGACAUGACCAUCGAGGAGGGACUGCGUCUCAAAGUCAUCUACGGCUCUUCGCACGGCUUCCACGCCGUCGACCUCGACUACGGCCAGGUCUACGACAUCUACAUCCCCGCCCACAGCCAAUCGGCGAUCACUCCGCACACAAUCAUAACGCUUCCCAAUUCGAAAGGACUGCAACUUCUGCUCUACGAAGGCGUUUACGUCAACACUUACGGCAAAGUCAGCAAAAACGUUGUCCUCCAAUGGGGAGAGAUGCCGACGUCGGUCGCCUUCAUCGGCACGGGACAGAUCAUGGGGUGGGGCAACAAAGCCAUUGAGAUUCGCGGCGUCGAGACCGGACAUCUGGACGGCGUCUUCAUGCAUAAGAAGGCGCAGAAACUCAAGUUCUUAUGCGAGAGGAACGACAAGUGGGUGUGUGCUCUUGUUCUUUGGCAGUGCUCUCGGAAUACUUCAAUGCAAUACAUGUCCACCGAUUGGGUGCUGAUGCUCAUAACUCCCGUUCCCGACGUGACCGUCAGAAAGAAGACCAGAUCUGUACUCAGCACCUGUAGCCCAAUCGGUGGACAUGUGUUCUUCUCGUCGGCCAAAAGCGGCUCUUCGUGUCAGAUCUACUUCAUGACCUUGAAUAAACCAGGAAUGGCCAAUUGGUAACGAGAGGACUCACGGAUCACUUCUUUGUGCCACAAAACCCUUUAACCCUUUUUUCGCUCAAAUUUCUUAAUUUUUGUAUAAAUAAACUCUUUUUCACGUAA